GACCAAUGAGUGCUUCUCGUGACACUCACGUGAUUUGUAAACAGGAAGUGACUGAUCUGUACUGCAGAGGAUCUGGCCGUCACUGAGGAGACUGAAUGAAUCUUUGAUCAGAGAGCAGAUCUGCUGUUUUCUUCCUCAUCAUGGUGGACUUUCUGGCAGAGAACAACCUGUGUGGUCAGGCCAUCCUGAGGAUUGUGUCCAGAGGAAAUGCCAUCAUAGCAGAAUUACUCAGACUCUCAGAAUUUAUUCCUGCAGUUUUCCGACUCAAAGACAAGAGCGACCAGCAGAAAUAUGGAGACAUAAUCUGUGAUUUCAGCUAUUUUAAGGGUCCGGAGUAUUAUGAGAGUAAACUGGAAGCAAAGCCAGAGCUGCAGGAUUUGGAUGAGGAGUUUCGGGAAAAUAACAUUGAAAUAUUAACACGGUUCUACCUGGCCUUUGAGAGUGUCCAUAAAUAUGUUGUAGACUUGAAAAGGUACUUGGAUGAUCUCAAUGAAGGGGUCUACAUUCAGCAAACAUUAGAAACUGUUUUAUUGAAUGAAGAUGGGAAACAGCUCCUGUGUGAGGCUCUGUACCUGUAUGGAGUCAUGUUACUGGUCAUUGAUCAGAAGAUGGAGGGGGAGGUGAGAGAAAGGAUGCUGGUGUCCUACUAUAGAUACAGUGCUGCUCGCUCCUCGGCUGACUCAAACCUGGACGACAUCUGCAAGCUCCUGCGUAGUACGGGAUACUCCAGCCACCCGGGGGCCAAACGGCCGCCCAACUACCCUGAGAGCUACUUCCAGAGAGUUCCCAUCAGCCCCACCUUCAUCAGUAUGGUGAUCGGCCGCCUCCGCUCUGAUGACAUUUACAACCAGGUUUCUGCGUAUCCUCUGCCGGAGCACCGCAGUACAGCGCUGGCAACACAGGCUGCUAUGCUGUGUGUCUGCUUAUACUUCACCCCCUCCAUCCUUCACACACAACAGGCCAAGAUGAGAGAGAUCGUGGACAAAUACUUCCCUGACAACUGGGUUAUAAGCAUAUAUAUGGGGAUCACGGUGAAUUUGGUGGAGGCGUGGGAACCAUAUAAAGCUGCUAAAACAGCCCUGAACUACACAUUGGACACAGCCAACAUCAAAGAACAGGCUGGUCGAUACUCUGCCAGUGUGGAGAGCUUGCGGCCGCAGGUGCAGCAGUUAUUGAAGGAGGGAUUCCUGAGAGAAGAAAUCGUCCUGGACAACAUUCCCAAACUGCUCAACUGCCUCCGUGACUGUAACGUUGCCAUCCGCUGGCUGAUGCUGCACACUGCAGAGUCCGCUUAUGAUCCAAACAACAAGAGACUGCGUCAGAUCAAGGAUCAAGUCAUCAACGACUCCAAAUACAAUCCCAAAAUUCUGUUUCAGCUGCUGCUGGACACGGCCCAGUUUGAGUUCAUACUCAAAGAGAUGUUCAAGCAGAUGUUGGCAGAGAAGCAGCUGAAGUGGGAGAGCUAUAAGAAAGAGGGAUCAGAGAGAAUGAUGGAGCUGGCCGAGGUGUUUUCUGGGGUCAAACCUCUCACCAGGGUGGAGAAAAACGAGAAUCUUCAGGCCUGGUUCAGAGAGAUCUCCAAACAGAUCGAGUCCCUGAACUACGAGGACUCGACCGCAGCCGGCAGGAAGACUGUGCAGCUCAUUCAGGCUCUCGUGGAGGUCCAAGAGUUUCACCAGCUGGAGUCCAACCUGCAGGUGUGUCAGUUCCUGGCGGACACACGCAAGUUCCUCCAUCAGAUGAUCCGCACCAUCAAUAUCAAAGAGGAAGUGCUCAUCACGAUGCAGAUAGUGGGAGAUUUGUCCUACGCCUGGCAGAUCAUUGACAGCUUCACAUCAAUAAUGCAAGAGAGUAUCAGAGCAAACCCCUUCAUGGUGACCAAACUCAGAGCCACUUUUCUAAAGCUUGCGUCUGCGCUGGAUCUGCCUCUCCUACGAAUCAACCAGGUCAACAGUCCAGAUCUGCUGAGCGUGUCUCAGUUUUACUCUGGGGAACUGGUGGCUUAUGUCAGAAAGGUACUGCAGAUCAUUCCAGAGAGUAUGUUCACCUCGCUGGCCAAAAUCAUCAAACUGCAGAUCCAUGACAUUAUGGAGGUGCCCACACGUCUGGACAAAGACAAACUGAAGGACUACGCUCAACUCAGCGCCCGUUAUGAGGUAGCUAAACUCACUCAUGCCAUCUCAGUCUUCACUGAAGGUAUUCUGAUGAUGAAGACCACACUCGUCGGCAUUAUCAAGGUGGAUCCGAAGCAGCUUCUGGAGGACGGGAUCAGGAAAGAGCUUGUCAAGCGUGUGGCUUACGCUCUGCACAAAGGCCUCAUCUUCAACCCCAAAGCCAAACCCAGUGAACUGAUGCCAAAGCUGAAGGAAAUGUCUGAAAGCUGCAACGUAGAGCAGGAGUGUAACAGUUUCCUCAGAACCAAGAUCCAAGACUGGCAAAGCGUCUAUCAGUCCACCCACAUUCCCAUUCCUAAGUAUCCGUCAGUUGAUGAAUCGGCCACGUUUAUUGGACGUCUCUGCAGGGAAAUCCUGAGGAUCACAGAUCCAAAAACGACGUGUUACAUUGAUCAGCUGAACACCUGGUACGAUAUGAGGACGCAUCAGGAAGUGACCAACAACCGACUCUUCUCGGAGAUUCAGGACACGCUGGGCACCUUCGGCCUGAACGGACUCGACCGACUCUUGUGUUUCAUGAUCGUGAAAGAGCUGCAGAAUUUUCUGACAGUCCUACAGAAGAACAUCCUGAAGGACAAAGCUGUGGUUGACAUCUUUAAAGCUCUGCUGUCGGCUGUCAAUCCUGUCAAAGGGAUUGUGGCAAAUGCAAGCAAAGUCUACGUCAACGCUGUGACCAAAACUCAGAAGAUCUGGCCACCGUAUCUGGAAGCCAUCAUGAAGGUGGGUCAGAUGCAGAUCUUGAGGCAGCAGAUAGCCAAUGAACUGAACUACUCCUGCAAAUUUGACUCGAAACAUCUCGCCGCGGCGCUGGAUAAUCUGAACAAGUCUCUGCUGUCUGAUAUUGAAGCUCAUUACCAGGAUCCAUCGCUGCCGUAUCCCAAAGAGGACAACACUCUGCUCUACGAGAUCACCGCGUAUCUGGAGGCCGCUGGAAUCCAAAACCCACUUAACAAAAUCUACAUCACGACGAAGCGUCUGCCUUACUUUCCCAUCGUGAACUUCCUGUUCCUCAUCGCUCAGCUGCCAAAACUGCAGAACAACAAAAGCCAAGGCAUGACGUGCAGGAAGGCUGCCGAUCCGGUGGACUGGGCUCCUCUGGUUCUGGGUCUCCUGACGCUGCUCAAACAGUUUCACUCCAGAUACACUGAACAGUUCCUGGCUCUGAUCGGACAGUUUAUUCGCUCCAUAAUGGAGCAGUGCACCAGUCAGAAGAUUCCAGAUAUGCCUUCAGAUGUAGUCGGAGCAUUAAUGUUUCUGGAGGACUAUGUGCGUUACACUAAACUGCCCAGAAAGGUGGCAGAGGCUCAUGUGCCAAGUUUUGUUUUCGAUGAAUUCAGGACCGUACUGUAAAUGUGCCUGUGAUAAUGUCAAAUCAUAUUUGAUAUCAUUUGUAUUUCUCUUAGAGCAUAAUGAAAUUAGCAUUUUUAACAUUUCAAUUUUAAAACAUGAUCAUCUUUUGUAGCUGUUGCUGACCUGAUGUCUGUCUGCUGGUGUAAUAAAUGCCAUAUGUGUAUGUUUUGAUACAACUUUUUAGGACAUUUACACACUUUUGAAGAAUUAAUCUCUAACUCACAACCUCUCAAGAUUUAUUGCUUUUAUAAAAUGGUGGCAACAGCAAUAAGAUAAAA